AACGCCUGUGUUCAGUUCAUCGGACGAUAUAGAUAACAUUUAACAGUCGAGAAAAAACCCUAGCCAAAUUCAACCGUGGAGGCGUAAAUCCAUUGGAGACAUUAGAUUCAAGUUUGAUUUCAACGUUCGGAAGCUGCACGAAUCAUAUCCCCUACAUUUUUUUUUUUUUGUCGCUGCAAUUUGGGGAGAUUUGGAUUCCUGUAAAUUUUUUAAAGAUGAGUGUUUUGACUACCUCGACGUCGUUUUAUCCGGGGUCCUUUCAGCUCAAAUUAGCACUCUCUAGCUGGAAGCCUCCGUUGGUGUAUGUACGUACUCGAUUUCAGCUGGCCGGCCGUCGAAGUGUGAAUUUGGUGCCUUUGAUGGUACGGAAUAGCGCGGUGAAUGAAAAUGGAGUGGAACAGCGUGGUUCUGGGAAUUCGUCAUGGACUAAUUUGAAUUCUUCGGCGAAUGAUCUUUCUGGCUGGGCCAGUACUGAUGACGACGAUCGACGAAUCAAUGAUCCCAAGCCCAAGCAAUCGCUUGUAGGGAUAAUGGCAGCAGGUGCUGCUGGGAUUGUUCUGGUGGCUGGCCUCACUUUUGCGACACUUUCUUUGAGUAAAAGGAGUAUUUCAAAACAUAAAGAACAAAUGCAGCCUUUGAAUGCCGAACAAGAGAAGUCAUUGUCCUCUGACAACAACCAGGAAGCUGAUGAAGAGAAAAUUGGGGAUAAUGUGGGGGUUCUGGGAAAUGCUGGGGGUGAAAGCCAGAUCGAUAAAAAUGAGGAUCUUUCCUUAAGCAAAGAAAAUGGUGAAGCUAUUGAAAGUAGAAUUAGUGAUGAUACUGGUUUGGAGCCACUGUCUGAAGAUGGUAAUGGCUCUUUGGAAGCGUUCCAAAGAGAAUCAGCUAUUCAGAACAAUUUAACAUCUCCAGAAGCUGCUGAUGAAACACCUAUUUCUGAUAUUUCUGCUGGUUCGUCAUCUUUGCCCGUCGGAAUUGUUGAUUUGGGAAACCACAUCAAACCAGCACCUGAGGAAUUAGUUGACGUCAAAGUCUCUGAAACAUCUCUGUUUGAUGCUAAAUCAGAAACUUUGGUCACUGUCAAUCCCAAUGGGGUUCAUACCUUGAGUGAGGGGGAAUUGUCCAACUUGUCGGCAAACCAUUCUUCAGCAGAGCCUUCAGUUUCAGACCCCUCUCCUGAAUCAGAGUCUCAAAAAGGGCUUUCUGCAAAAGAUGUGGAGCAAAGCAAGGCCUCUGUUGAUGAUGAUAAAUCUGUUGACAGGAACAUUUUAAAUACUACUGUAGCGAAUAGUUCUCCCACUGUGCCAGAAGCUGUAUAUCAUCAAUCUGGAAAUGGAACUUUUGAAGAUGGUUAUAAUGAUUUAAGCGGUGGACAAACAUUAUAUGACUCAGCAACUCCUGAGAGUUUUUUCACCUCAGCUGGCAUACCUGCUCCAUCUGUUGUCACUGUAGCUCUGCAAUCUCCUCCCGGAAAGGUUCUUGUACCUGCUGUCGUCGAUCAACUACAAAGUCAGGCAUUAUCUGCUUUGCAAGUUUUAAAGGUCAUUGAGGAAGAUGUUCAACCUGGUGAUUUAUGCAGUCGAAGAGAGUAUGCUCGCUGGUUGGUUUCAGCUAGCAGCGCACUUUCAAGGAAUGCAACUUCAAAAGUCUAUCCAGCUAUGUAUAUUGAAAAUGCUUCUGAACUUGCGUUUGAUGACAUUACUACCGAAGACCCUGACUUCUCAUCCAUUCAAGGUCUGGCUGAAGCUGGACUUAUUGCAAGCAAGCUUUCAAGACGGGACAUGUACCCAUCUGUGGAAGAAGACUCAAGUCCUCUACAUUUCUCUCCUGAAAGCCCUUUAUCUCGUCAGGAUCUUGUUAGUUGGAAGAUGGCUUUAGAGAAAAGGCAGCUGCCAGUAGUUGACAAAAAGACAUUGCAGCAGUCGUCUGGUUUUAUAGAUACUGAGAAAAUCAACCCGGAUGCAUGGCCUUCCAUUGUUGCCGACUUAGCACUGGGAGAACAGAGUAUUAUAACUCUAGCAUUUGGGUAUACAAGACUUUUUCAGCCCGAUAAACCUGUGACAAAAGCACAGGCUGCCAUUGCACUCUCAACUGGCGAGGCUUCUACCAUUGUUAGCGAAGAACUUGCGCGAAUCGAAGCUGAAUCCAUGGCAGAGAAGGCUGUCGCUGCACACAGUGCUUUAGUUGCUCAAGUGGAAAAGGAUCUCAACACAAGCUACGAAGAGCAACUUGCCUUGGAGAGGGAGAAAAUCAACGCUGUUGAAAAAAUAGCUGAGGAAGCGAGAAGAGAAGUGGAGAAACUUCGAGCUGCAAGAGAGGAGGAAAAACUUUCACUGAUCCAACAAAGAGCUGCUGUCGAUUCAGAAAUGGAGCUUUUCUCUAAGUUACGGCAAGAGAUGGAGGAAAAAUUAAAGACACUUACGUCUGAUCGACUGGAGAUUUCCCACGAAAAGGAACGGCUAAACAAACUUCGUAGAGAUGCCGAAACUGAGAAUCAGGAGAUCGCACGGCUACAGUAUGAGCUGGAAGUCGAGCGGAAAGCCUUGUCCAUGGCUAGGACAUGGGCUGAGGACGAGGCAAAGAGGGCAAAGGAGCAAGCGAGAGCCCUGGACGAGGCUAGACAACAUUGGGAAACACAAGGCCUUAAGGUUGUAGUCGACAAGAACCUACGCGAUGAGGCAGAGGGUGGCGCCACAUGGAUUACAGCUGGAAAAGAGUUUGCAGUCGAAGAAACAAUUGAAAGGUCGGAGACUUUAGUGGACAAACUCAGGAGAAUGGCGGAUGAAGUGAGAGGUAAAAGUAAAGAUACGAUUAACAAAAUCAUCGAGAAGAUAAUCGUAUUGACGUCACAUCUGAAGCAACGGGCGGGAGAGCUUAAAAAUGCUGCCAAGUUAAGGCUCGACAGUUCAUUACAGAGCAUUGGUAGAUAUACCUCGACUGCGGGAGAGCUUAAAGAUGCUGCCAAGUUAAGACUAGACAGUUCAUUACAGAGCGUUGGUAGAUAUACUUCGACUGCGAAGCAAGUCGCCGGAGAGUGGAAAGAAGAGGUGGAGAAGAGAUUGUCUCAGAGAUUCAAGACAUGAUUUUUUCGACCAUUUUUGCAGUUCAAGACAUAAAAAUGUGGCUGUGUUUUGCCUACAUGAUUUGCUGCUAUUUUUCCAUCAAGAGUAUGAUAGUGAGUAAAAUAAUGCCUUUGUAACCAAAUAAUUAAGAGUGUUGAACAGAAAGUGUAUAUCUUGAAAUACACCAAGUUCAUGCCCUUUCAAAUUUGAUACUAAACUCCA